UGGAUGCUUCUAGAUCUGUGGGAGAAAAAAAAGACCCUGAAGAGGAUGAGAUUCCUGCUGGUGGGGAAAAGUGGAAGUGGUCAAGGCGCCACAGGAAAUAGUAUCCUGGGCAGAAAAGCCUUCAAAUCCAAGCUCAGCACCAGACCCGUGACCAUGACCUUCCAGCAUGGCUGCCGAGACUGAGCUCAGAAGGAGCUUGAGGUGACUGACACCCCCGAUAUUCUGUCUUCUGGGGUUUCAUGGGAAGGAGCAGCUCAGGGCUCCUGGGCAGCCAUCGCCUGCUGCGCCCCGGGGCCCCACGCAGUGCUGCUGGUAUUGCAGCUGGGCCGCUUCACAAAGGAGGACCAGGAGGUGGUCAGGCGCCUCUUCGGGGUGGGCGUCCUGGCCCACACCAUCCUGGUGUUCACCCGGAAGGAGGACCUGGGGGCUGGCUCCCUGGACAAGUAUCUGCAGGACACCGACAACAGGGACCUCACCAACCUGCAUGUGGUUUGCUCGAGGCGCCACUGUGGCUUCAACAGGGCAGAUGGUGUGGGGCAGGAGGCCCAGCUGGCAGAGCUCAUGGAGACCAUUGAGGUGAUCCUGUGGGCUCACAGAAGAGCAGGGAGGGCGGAGGGCCCAGGGCGAGGCCGCCAGUGCAGAGUCCUGGCUGGAGGGGCUGCACCAAGUCCAGGGCACCUGAGAAAACCCACAGAUGUCUCCUAA